CUUCCUGCCAUAUUGUGAUCUCACGCAAGCUGCCUUUUGUGGUCGUUUCUGAAACAGCAAAGCAAGGGUAUAACGUUACAGACCGCGGUGUUGAUAAUAAUCUAAAACUCUCAGUAUAUUAACACUAUUUUAGUUAAUUUGUCAGUAUAACAUUAAUAUUUUACACUGUAACUAAGCGCUAUUGCACUGGUGGUGUCUCCAUGUUGUGCUUAGCUCAGCCACCUUUCCACAUAGCGAGCGAAUUCGAUGUAACGUUACGUGCAUUAUGCUAUUCCAGCAGCUGGCCAUUACUCUUCCGAUGCACAUAGGCUGUAGCUCUUUACAGAUGGGGUCCUGAUGUUUAUGGACAGGCUUUCUGAAUAGAGAGCUCCAUCCUAUACCUUCUCCUUUCCCUGAGCCAGACGAGCGCAGCAAGAGGUGCCAUGCGGGUGAGUUUCUGCCAGGGCCUUCUGACUGGAGCCAUCGCUCUGAACCUGCUCAUCCUCUACUACGUCUCCCAAGCCCAGCAGCAGAUGAUGGAGAAACGCCGGGACCCAGGAAGGGGCUCCAGGAAGGCUGCCUUACCUGCUUCCGGGCUGGAGGGCGGCAUGGGGGGCCUGGUAGGGGUUGGCGCGGGGAUGGUUGGCGCUGGAGGUGUCGGGGGAGAGGGGAACAGCCACGGCCCUCGUGUGACUGUCCUCCUACGGGAGUUUGAGAAUUUUGAGAACUACGUCGGUGAUGUGGCACGCUCCUUCCAGCACCAGAGACCUGAGCUGCCCUUCUUGGCUGUGUCUGACACCCCGCCCUACCCCCCUCUGUCUCUCCCCGAGGGGGCCCGUCUCCUGGUGCUCUCCCCCAGCCCCGAGCAGCCCCCGCAGGCCCACCGACCAGAGUUCCACGUCCAGACAGAGUUUGUGCUGCUGGUGCCCGACGGGGUGGAGCUGGAGCAGGGCCGGGCUGUGGAGAGGCUGAUCCGGGAGCUGGAGGGGGAGGGUGGGGGGCCCGUGAGGCUGGUGGCUUCCCCAGUGUUGGCACGCUCGGCCGUUCAGUGCCUGCACCUGCGGGUCAGUCUGAGAGAGUGGACGGCCACCUAUUCCACAGCGGCGUCUGGGAGCAGUGGUAGCGUGUGUUCAGCCCUUCAGGGGGACGUGGUGGUCCUCAUCCGCUCUGAGGACCUCUUCAACCUGUCUGUCCCACUGGGGAGGCCACUGCUGCCCUCGCUCUUCAUCCAGACCUCCCUGCAUGGCUGGAAGGUCAAGCUUCUGGAGAGCCCCGGCUUCUCCCCCAGCCACCGGCCUCUCUUCAGCUCAGCCCACAACCAGUGGAAGGCAGACAGUCAUCUGAAGGAGGCCACUAGCCGGCUGAUGAGGAACUUUGGGCUGAAGCGUCUCCUACUGGCUGAUGGGAAGGAGCAGUGGCACGGCUGUGGGAAGGAGACGGAGCGUUGCUUCGGUACGGUCCGGGACGACACCCCUGAGUACCUGUACCUGGAGCGCUGGACACCUCCAUGCUGCCUGCGCGCCCUCCGCGAGACCACCAAGUAUGUGAUCAACAUCCUGGAGAGCUCUGGGGUGCGCUACUGGCUGGAAGGAGGCUCCCUGCUGGGGGCGGCCCGCCACCAGGACAUCAUCCCCUGGGACUAUGACGUGGACCUGGGCAUCUACCUGGAGGACGUGCCUAACUGUGACUACCUGAAGAACCUGGACUCUGGUUCUCUGGUGGACGCCAACGGCUAUGUGUGGGAGCGGGCAGUGGAGGGGGACUUCUAUAGGGUGCAAUACAGUGAGGCUAACCACCUCCACGUGGACCUGUGGCCCUUCUACCCGCGAAACGGCGUCAUGACCAAAGACACGUGGAUGGAGCACAAACAGGAUGUGGAGUUCCCCGAGCACUUCCUGCAGCCGCUAGUGCAAAUGCCAUUCGCCGGCGUCACCGCCUACGGCCCGAACAACCACCGCGCCUUCCUGGAGCUCAAGUUUGGGGAGGGGGUCAUCGAGAACCCCCAAUACCCCAACCCUGCCAAGAAGAGGCUGGAUAGGAGCCGGCUGUGAGGGAGGGGUGUGGCUGGGACCUUUGGAGUUUAUGUUGCCCACCAAAAGGACAAAACGAUUCUAGCCACAACCCAAAACAUAUACAGUUGAAGUCGGAAGUUUACAUACACCUUAGCCAAAUACAUUUAAACUCAGUUUUUCACAAUUCCU